AGAACGAAGAAGGCGAACGACUCGUCGUCUACAGCCUCCAUGCUCAGAUAUAGAGCUUCUCCAUUGCUAGCCCUGGGAAUGGUAUCGCCAUUGCCCUCUUCUUCUCCCUCCUCCUUUUCUUCAAACCCUAAUUUCAUCCCAUUCAACCCCUCUUUCCCUAUUCCAAAACCCUCCUCUUCUCUCCCUUUGUUUCUCUCCUCUUUCCUUCAGAAGCCCACCCGGAGCAUGACUCAUUCCGGAUGCUUCUCUGGACCUUCCCCCACCCCAUGUGAAGUGGAGGAGAUGGAUUCAGCAUCACUUGUUGUUGUUUCUUUCUAUAAAUUUGCUGAUCUUCCCGACCAUGCGGAAUUUCGCUCGCCCUUGAAGAACCUAUGUGAGGAACUGCGUGUUUCAGGAGGUAUCAUUCUCGCACCUGAAGGAAUUAAUGGGAGCAUUUGUGGAACGCGAGAAUCUGUCCAAAAGGUUCUUGGAUUCAUUGAAAGUGAUGAACGGCUAAAAGGACUAAGGCAGGUGGAAACACCUGUUAGUCCUGAAGAAGAAGCCAUCCAUCACGGACAUACUAGCAGUUCCCCUCUUGCAGCAGGGGAAGAUGCACCCUUUCGUUGGGAUCAUGUCAGGGUCAAAUUAAAGAAAGAGAUUGUCACUCUUGGAAUGCCUGUUAUAUCACCUGUUGAAAGGGUUGGACAAUAUGUGAAACCAAGGGAUUGGAAUGCACUGAUAAGUGACCCAGAUAUUGUGGUCAUUGAUGUGCGAAAUCACUAUGAAACAAGGAUUGGGAAGUUCAAAACAGCAGUUGAUCCUUGUACUACAGCAUUUCGAGAUUUUCCAGCUUGGGUGGAGGAUAAAUUCCAACUUCCUAAAUCAGAUUGUGAGCAUUCAAAUCAAGGAGUUGAAGAAGAAACAGUAAACCCUGAAGAGGACUCGCCUCCACGUGUUGCCAUGUACUGCACUGGAGGAAUCCGUUGUGAGAAAGCUUCAAGUUAUCUCCUCAGCAAAGGCUUUAAAGAGGUUUAUCAUUUGGAGGGUGGAAUUCUGAAAUAUCUGGAGGAAGUUCCAAAGUCAGAGAGCCUAUGGGUAGGAGAAUGCUUUGUAUUCGACAAGCGUGUCUCAGUUGAGCAUGGUCUGGAGCAGGGCACAUUCAAGCUUUGUUAUGGGUGCAAGCAACCAGUGAGUGAUGCUGACAUGGAAUCUCCCGAAUGGGAGUAUGGAGUUUCCUGUCCUUACUGUUACUUCACGAAAUCUGAAGAAGAGAAGGAGAGAGCAAGAGCUCGGCAAAGGCAAUUUGAGACUUGGGGCAUCAUUGGCGGUCCGGACAAAGGACGGCGACCAACACAAAGUGAUAACAAUGAUGAUCCUCCAAAUUCAAAUUGAUCCUUUGCUGCUUAAGGAUCUUUUUUCAUUUUUGUAUUAGGAAAUUAUGCAAGGGCAGAUCAAAAUACCCAUCUCAUCCUUUGUUGUACAAUAUACCGUUUUUGUUGAUUAUGACAACAUUGAGAAUUUUUGGAACCUAGUCUUUUAUUAAAUUAAAUGACUUCGAUUAAUAGAUCCGGUGACUCUUUUUCUGUCUCUCUGUUUUCAUGACACGCGAGCAACAAAGAAAGCCGUAAAGUGACGAAAACAAACAAAGAUUUAUUUCACUAAAUUCGGUACAACUAUGGCUCCUCCUGAGCUAAGACACAGAAACAAUCAAAAAAAAAAAAAAAUGUUGACAGGUGAAAAGGGUUUGUUGAAGUUCUUCAGUCCAAAGCUCCGGAAUCUCCUACAUCCCAUCAACAUUGAAGCUGCUGUGUUAUGGAGUGUUGCAGGCACAGCCACUGCUCUUUGGCUUAUACAGGUAUUGGUCUUAAACUUCACUAACUCCUUUCAUCUACCACCAUGUUUCUGUUUUGUUCAUCUAAUGCUAUUUGUGAAAAGAUCAUAACUACUUUUCUUCUCUUCUUGAAACUGGAAAACAUGGCAGCCAUUUGACUGGUUGAAGAAGAAGGUUUGGGAGGUGGAGGAGAAAGUAGAAAGCGAGGUGCAAAAUAAUGAAUAAGAUAGCAAGUGUAAAAUAAUCCACUGUCUGAAGAACUCUAAUAUCAAAUAAGUUGGAAACUCUGAAUAAAGAUUUGAUAUGAUAUGAACA